CAGAUCUGAGCGCAUGCGCAUUUCAUUGUUUUGACUGAAAAUGCCGUCGGUUUCGAAAACGGCGGCCAAUGCGUCUCCUCAAACCGAGAAACCUACCCACUAUACAUAUUUGAAGGAGUUUCGGACAGAGCAGUGCCCCUUGUUCCUCCAGCAUAAGUGUACGCAGCACAGACCUUUUACGUGCUUUCACUGGCAUUUUCUCAACCAGCGAAGACGGCGACCCAUCAGACGUAGAGACGGGACAUUUAACUACAGCCCUGAUGUCUACUGCACUAAAUACGACGAAACAACAGGAAUAUGCCCCGAUGGAGAUGACUGUCCUUAUCUACAUCGGACGACUGGUGACACCGAGCGCAAGUACCAUCUCCGCUAUUACAAGACAGGCACUUGUAUCCACGAGACAGAUGCUCGGGGGCACUGUGUGAAGAAUGGGCUCCACUGUGCAUUCGCUCACGGGCCGCACGACCUCCGGCCUCCUGUCUAUGAUAUCAGAGAGAUACAAGCACAAGAAGCUCUUCAAAAUGGACAGCUGGGAUCAGGUGAUGGCAUCCCCGACCUGCAGCCUGGUGUUUUAGCAAGUCAAGCUAUGAUUGAGAAGACCUUAACCGAAGACCCACGCUGGCAAGAUACCAAUUUUGUUCUAGCCAAUUAUAAAACAGACCAGUGUACUAAGCCCCCUAGACUAUGCAGACAAGGUUAUGCCUGUCCCCAUUACCACAACAGUAGAGAUCGAAGACGAAAUCCUCGAAAGUUCAAAUACAGGUCAACUCCAUGUCCAAAUGUGAAACAUGGGGAUGAGUGGGGCGAGCCCUCCAAGUGUGACAGUGGAGACAGCUGUCAGUAUUGUCACUCUCGCACAGAGCAGCAGUUUCACCCUGAGAUCUACAAAUCUACCAAAUGCAAUGACAUGAGGCAAACUGGAUACUGUCCGAGAGGACCCUUUUGUGCAUUUGCACAUGUAGAAAGAAUCCCCUCUACAGAGGAGACCAUGAGCUCUUUGCUGACAGCAAUCCAGUCCAGCUCUCAGUCCCAGUUGGGCUCUCAGCAGUAUUCAGAAUGUCCCACCAGUGACUGGACCAGUGGGGGCAGCUCCAGCACCCCCAGUAGCAACGGUGUAGGAAGUGUUUCAUGUUCAAAUAGCUCAACUUUAACUACCAGCUCAGAAAGCGACAGUUUGUUAUCCCCGGUCAGCUCCAUCAGCCGGCCCAAAUCUUUAACUAACAAUAGUUUAUGCUCAGAGUCCACCACAUCCAGUGUCUCAUCUCUGACGUCUAACUAUCCCAAAGCACCAGGCUUUGAACGUGAGGAUCAGAUUAAGAACAAGGGUCAAGGGGAGGCAAAAUUGAUGGACCAAGAAAGGACACAAAAUACUGUAUUCUCAGCUGUAAAUGCUUUGGCAUCCAGCUUUACCUCCAGUAUCACAUCUAGCUUAGCCUCCAGUAUUGGCUCAGAUAGUUCUUCACCCACCACCUUAUCCACCAUGAAUGCAAAAGCCACACCAUUCUACCCAGGGAGCAACACAGUGGAGUCUGUUAUAGGAUCUGCCCUAGACCUCAACUUUAGUGACAUCAAUGUUGCAUCUCUUGAUAAGGAGCUAGAAGAGCAGGACCAUAAUUUGGGGUUGGGAGGUCGGCGCGUGCUCAGCGGAUCUGCUCCUGUUAACAUUCCUGGUUCUCUUGGGCGUUCGUCCUCAUUUAACUCUUCGUCAUCACUGUCCACUUCCCCUCUGAGCUCCCUCUCCCAUUCCCUGUCCCAAUCUCUCCUGUCUGCGGCACUAAAUCAGCAAAAUCAGCCUGCAGCCAUGUUAGCCAAGCAAGAGCACGGCCUUCUGGGAACACCAACUUCCUCUUCUCAGAAUCUGGGGUUGAAUGGAGGUUCAAGCAGCAUUUGGGAUUUCGCAAGUGGCAGUUUCUCCCCUAGCCCAUCCCCAGUGUACAGCAGCCUGACCUCAGCAGCAGGCAGUGCAGAUGUGAACCGCCUCUUCAGAGAGUUGGAGGAAGCCAAGAGGAAGAUCAAACAAUGGGAAGAAGCAUGGCACCAGGUCAAACAGGCCUGUGAAGCCUGUCAAAAAGAAGCGCAUGAAGCAAAAGAACAAGCAAAAACAGCUGAGGCAGAGCGGCAGCUAGCCGAGCAGAAGUGGGAGGAAACUGAACGCAAGCUGAAGGAGCUCCAAGGGGACUUUGACGUUCUCUGCCGCACGCCAGGAACACCUCUCCUGCGCAGCUACGGAGAGCUCGAGCAACUCCCUUUGUCUAAGCUCCACUCCCUCCAGAGUCAACUGCGCAAUGAUCUAGACCUAAUAGACGGGGUAAUAUAUCAGCUUCAGUCAAAGAAAUGUAUAGUUUGCCAAAAGCAUGAUCGUUGCGUUGUUCUGCAGCCUUGCCAACAUUAUGUACUAUGUGAGAACUGUGCGUCUAGUAAAGCCGAAUGCCCCUACUGUAGAACAAAAAUAUUAAAAUGGUGAUAUACAAUUAUUCGAGGUACUAUUUAAAAACCUAGCUCUUUGAAAACUACUAAUGUAUAUUUACACUUUAUAUACAGUAUAGCAAUGUCAGUUUUCUACAAUUAACAAUUUUAUUAGAUAUUAAAUGAUGCUUGACUGAUGGUGUUUUCCAAGAGAUUUAGCUUUUGCCUAUUUUAUGUGUACUUCACCCACUUUAAUCGUUUUACAUUAAAAAGCCAUAGAACAAAUUUACUUACAAAAUGCAAUAUUAUAUUUGACACUAAACUAAUAAAUGGUUAUGCACUCAUGACUAUUACAAUGAUUUAUGUACAGAAUUUAAAUUACUUGUUUUCUAUCAAUGUUUAUGUCAAUGUUAAUGUGUAGAAAUAAUGGCACUUGGCAUAAUCUUACCAAAAUGCACUUCUGGGUUUACUUUGUAUUACUUUGUAUUAGUGAAUGUGAAUGAAUGUGCAAAAACCUUAUAAUUAUUUUGACACUGACAGAAUAUCAGUAAUUUAUGAAAUCCAUUAUAAAAGGCAUACCUAAAAUACAUUGUUUUUUUACCUUCACUUUUUUGUCCCAUGCAAAAAUUUGUGAGAAAAAUCUAUACCAGCACACUGGUAGACAUAAAAUGGGCAAAAGAAAUAAGAGGACCAUAUACACCUUUCCACAAAACAAGUACUUCUAUUUAUUUGAAUGUAAUAUAAAUGAGCAUUGUCAAGGCAAUUAUUUAAUGUCAUGGUUAAUAAGAAAUUACAUGUUAGUUAAUGUGGCUUUCCUCUUAAAAUAAAAUUGUGUAGACUUUUUAAACAAACACAUUUUAUAAAGCCAUUCAGUCAGCCAUCAUAAUAUUGACCAACUUUCUGAAGAACCUUGUUUUCUUGUUAAAGCACUUUGUUGAUGUGGGACUAUGUUAUGGGUUUAGACAUUUGCUUUAAGCUGCUUUUUAGGUAUUCUUUUGUGUCUUUUGUAGAUUUAUACUUUUUUCUAUAAGCUAUUGUCUGAAGCUUUCGUGUGUACUGUGAAAAGUAAUUUGAUUUUUUUGUUGUUGUUUUUUUUUCUAUUAGUAAAUCAUAGCAUGGUUCUACAUAUUAAGAUUUCAUAGAACUUACUACAUAGUUUAUAAUGCUUUUUCAUAGAUUUUUAAAUUUUCAAUCAAUUAAGUGCAAAUUUACAAUGCAUAUUAGGCAUAACCAGCAGCUGUAAUAUCAGUAAGGCACAUUUUACAUGUUAAGGCUGUUAUUCAAUCAUUUAGUUUAGUUGUGUAAAGAUUUCUAUAGCCUAUCUAUUAGAGAGCAUGUAUUAGCUGCCGAAUAUGGCAAGUUUUAUAUAUAAAUAUAAUAGCCUCCUGACCUUGAAUAGAACAUAUUUCAAAAGUGCCUUGCCUUAGUUCUAAAUGAAAUAAAUGUACAUUUGUCGAAGCAAACACAAACAGUUGAAGCUUGUGCACAGGUCUCUGCAAAUAACAUGUUUAUAGAGAAAAAAAAAAGUAGAAUUUGGGCAAUCUCAUCUCACCAGUGUCUGAGUAAGAGAUCAUUGUAAACAGACAUUGGCCAGUGCCUGUGUCCUGACUUUGACCAUAUUCAAGAGCCCCCCCUCGCCCCAAAUCCAUUCCUUGGUCGUGGUGCUCUUUUGGUGCAGCUUCAGUCAAGUUAGUUUUUACAAUUCAAUUUCGGGAGUAUGCAAAUAAGAGUAUAGCAACAUCUAAAAAUGCUUUUUAAACAACUGUAAUUGUAACAUAUUUCAGCAUUGAAUGAAGAAUUGUGUGUUAACUUGUAACAUUUUACAUAGACUUUGUGCAUAGUCUAAUUGAAAUGACCUUCUACUGUGUUUAUUCUUGCUUUAAAUUCAAUAGAACAUUUAUCUCCAGGUAUACCUUUUGCUUCUUAUAACUAUAGGAAGAUGUAUUGUUUACAUUCACUCAAAUGACAAGUACACAACUCAGAGGACAAAUAUGUAAAGGUUAUGGUAUUUUCGCAUAUUACUGAUUACAAUACAUCAUUAAGCAGGCUAAGCACUUCUGGUAUUGCAUGUUAUGCGAUAUAAUAACCAGCUAUGUGUUAUAAAAAGAAAAAAAAAAAGUAAAAAAUAAUCGCACUGUGUCACACUGCCAGAAUAUUUGUAUGGAGUUAUUUUUAGAGUAGUUACGGCUUAAAUUUUCAGCAAGCUUCGCUGCUUCUGGAAAAAGGUAUUAUUGUAGUUCUUGUAAUACAUUUAGAUGUUUGAAUGUUGUGCAUCCACAGCUCAGAUUCCACAAACUAUGAAAAAUAAGAUUGUUAUUCUGUGUAAUGCGUCUGUUUGAGUACAAUGGCUUAGAAUGAUGUCAUAGACCUGUUCUGCUCUAGAUGAACCCUUUUCGAGUAAUUCAAAGUUAGUGUGUAUUUGUUGCAUUGUUUCCCUGUAAAGCUGUUCACAGGGUCUUUUGGUCAACGUUUUUGCCCGUGAAGCCAACUAAAUUAAUGAUGUCUUUUGUGAAUUUCUCAAAACAAACCAAAGUGGUGUUCAAGUAGCUCUGUAAUCUGUUUUAAAGGGAAUGUUACCCUUUAACAUAAUUCAUUUAUACUUCUAUAAAUAUAGUAUUGCAAAAAGCAGUGUGUGUUUGUGAAUUAAGUCUGGCUUUGCCUGAAGAUUUUGACAGGAGGUCAGAGGGCAGAGGUUAAGGGCAGCUCAGUUUGUACAAGUCUAGGAAUGUUUUGAUUAGAUUUUACUGCCGAAUGCAAUGGGCCAGGAUACAGCCUUUAAAAGUAAGAGUUAUGCCACUGGCUUAUGUUAUUGGACUUGCAGUUUUACCAAAGACCUGUAAUAUUCCUUUCUUUGCAUUGCAUUUCAUGAAUUUUAUUUGUGGUAAAUCUAAUUUUAAUAAGUAAUCACCUAGUACCUUAAUUGACUAGUUAAAAUUACUAUCCUUAUUGUUUGAUGAUUAAAAGCAUGCGCCAGAUUGUCACUAAAGUGUAUUGUACAUUUCAUUUCAGUUAAUUUUAUAUACAGUGGUGUUAGUGGCAGAUUUGAGCACACAGACAUGCUGACCAAGUGGUUAACAGUCUAUAGUGAAGAAAUAUGAAUGACAUUUAUUUAUCUAGUGGCCAUAUUCAACUUCAAUACUGUACUGUCUUGAAGUAAGUUUUGUUGGUUGGCUUUACAGAACCUAUUCUCAGUUGUUUGUGCUAUAUAGCAUUUUCUGCUGUUUUAAUUGGCCUACAGUGACUGUAAGGUGCUCUUUUAUCUGACUGCAUUUCCAUGUCCUAAAGCUGUGGUCCAAAUUGGUUCUCUUUAGUGUAAAGUGAAUGGGGGCAUAUGAUUGUGAUGAGCAUCAAUGGCAGAUACAGACAAAAUAAAAACUAAAAACGGACUAUUACAAAUGUGGGAGAAAAUGAAAAAAAAAAAAAAAACAUUUUUCGUAGAUCUCUUCAAAGGACCAAUUAUCCAUAACUCUUAGAUUGUGCCUUGUUUGAAAAUUUGCUUUUAUAUUGAUUUAAAAAAUACUAUUACAGUUGGAGUGAGUAAAAAAAAAAAAAAUCAGAGUCAAAAGAUUCAGUGCCUUAAAAUGUUUGAUUCUAAAAAUGUGACAAUGCCCCCUUUGCAUUAUGACCACUUAUGAUAAGGCUUAAUUUAGAUUUUUAACUAGUUAAAAAAUAUCUGGCUCAGUCUGUAUUUGCCAUGCCAUAAAAACACAGCAAUACAUAACUUACACAGUUUGAUUUCAAUUAGAAAACAAAACAAUUUUCAUUAAGAAAAGCACCAAAUGGUGGGAAUUUUGUAAAUGAACUGUAAUUGAUGUAUCGUUAUGAUCUGCAACAGAAUAGCUGAUUCUAUUUUGCAUUAUUGUUAGUUAGUUGUUAUGUUGUCUUUUUGUUUUUAAUAUUAUAAAAUGGAGCCUAAAACAUUUAUGCAAUCUUGUACAUGUAUAUGAGUAUAAUGUAUGAAGCUGUUCAAAUUAAGUGAAAAUAUUGCAGGUGUUGUCAAGCAGAAUACUUUUCAAAUGGAAACAAAUGUUCCAUAUUGUUUAGAAUUUUUUUUUUUUUUUUUUUUUUUUGCGUUGAAGCCCUAAAAUAUUGAAUGUAUUGCUCAAAAUUAGAUAUUUAAAUAAUAGGUCACUGGAAUAUUACGGAGCGCAGUAAAUUCAUUAUGAUGUAGCAUUUAGGUGUGAACUGCUAUUAAAUAAAAUUUAUUAGAAAUAAAGUUUUCACGUUUCUAUUUGUCAGUUUAGUUAAAAAAAAAAAAAGUAUUUUUCAUGAAUAUACAGCAAUGAUGAUGCAGAAUAUGUAAUGUGUAAUAAAUUAGCAUUUCAAUAAAUUUAACUUAAUGCAAGUGGGUAAAGACAACAUUUAUUUGUAACAAACUAUGGAUAUGUAGGAAAUACUUUGAUUAUUGUAGAAAUAACUGUUGGUAUAAUGCUAUGUUUUGUGUUGUGAACACAAAAUAGGUGCAAGUUUUAGGAUAUUAGAUAUUGCUUUUCUACAUCAAGGGUUGUGUAUGGCAUAUUCUCUGUAGUGUAUUACUAGUUUGUUAACACUUGAUAUUUGUUACACUACAGUUAUGCAAUGGUUUACAGAAUUCUAUCAUAUUGACAAUUAAAAUAAGUUUUCAUCUGAAA